ACACCAGUGUGGACUCCUUGUUUAUAUCUUCCGGGGUCUCCGUGUGUUUUAUGCGUGUAUUUUGAGGACACGUGUAAUCUAAAUAACUUUAGUUAUUAUUAACAGCCCUGAAGCAACAUGGGGAAGUUAAACGUCGUUGUGCUGAGAUAUCUCUCUCGAGAUGAUUUUCGGGUGUUGACGGCUGUGGAAAUGGGAAUGAAGAAUCAUGAGAUUGUACCAGUCAGCUUAAUUGCAUCUAUUGCGAGCCUGAGACAUGGAGGAUGCAAUAAAGUUCUGAGAGAGCUGGUCAAACACAAACUGCUGGCCUACGAGCGUUCUAAAACUGUGCAGGGAUAUCGGCUGAACUACGGAGGUUAUGAUUAUCUAGCUCUGAAGGCGCUGUCAUCUCGAAAUGUCAUUUUGUCUGUAGGAAACCAAAUGGGUGUCGGCAAAGAGUCGGAUAUUUAUAUUGUUGCCAAUGAGGAAGGCGAUCAGUUUGCUCUGAAGCUCCACAGAUUGGGAAGAACAUCUUUCCGAAACCUGAAGAAUAAACGUGAUUACCACAAACACAGACACAAAGUGUCCUGGCUUUACCUCUCCCGUCUCUCUGCCAUGAAAGAAUAUGCGUACAUGAAGGCGCUGUAUGACCGGGGCUUUCCUGUUCCAAAGCCAGUGGACUACAACAGACAUGCAGUCGUUAUGGAGCUCAUCAAUGGCUAUCCUCUGAAUCAGAUCCGGGAAAUUCAAAACCCUGCCUCGUUGUACAGUGAAGUCAUGGAGCUGAUCGUCAAACUGGCUAAUCAUGGACUUAUCCACGGAGAUUUUAACGAGUUCAACCUGAUGCUUGAUGACAGCGAUCACGUAACGAUGAUCGACUUCCCGCAAAUGGUGUCCACGUCUCAUCAGAAUGCAGAAUGGUAUUUUGACCGAGAUGUCAAGUGCAUACGAGAUUUCUUCAUUAAACGAUUCAACUAUGAAAGCGAACUGUACCCAACAUUUCAAGAUAUCAGAAAAGCCUGCUCUCUCGAUGUGGAGAUCUCCGCCAGCGGUUACACCAAAGAGUUGCAGCAGGACGACCAACUUCUCCACCCGGUCGGCCCCGAGGGUGAAGAAAACCUCAGCGGGGACGAACAGGAUAAUCCUGAGGCACCAGACGCUCCUUGUGAAGAGUCUAUUGACAUGGAUGAGUAUGAACAUGCUAUGCUGGAGCUUGAAGGUCUGAAGAUUGGGAAUGAGGCUUCUUCAGUAGAGAAACAUGCAGAGGAUCAACAUGGUUCAGACACCAGCUCAGAGACGGAGAUCAGUCCUGAGGGUGCUAACGAUUUCGUAACGGACUGUUUGAGAAGGUUGGAGAACGAUGAGGAACUUAAGGAGAACGAGGACGAAUGCCCAGAUUUGGUUGAUCUUUCCGCUUACAACAAAGAUUUUAAGCCUUUCAGGGACCAAGACAGCUUGCUCCAUGUGAAUGAGCACAGACAAAGAACGACAAGUGAAACGUCCAUCGGAAGCGUCACCAGCCAGUCCACAAUUCAUCCAUCUGUGAUCAGACAGAAAGUAAAGAAACAGCUCACGAAGCAGCAGAAAGCCGCUCAGAGGAGACGCCUACAUAAAGGAGAAGCCAACCUGGUGACUAAAGAAAAAAGAGAAAACCUGAGCAACAUCAAGAGUAGCCUGGAAGCAGCUCAGUUCUGGGGAUGAUGACCCCAGAUGACAGAUUACCACACUCUCAUCAAGGACUGGACUACAUCUGGGUGCAUAAACUUGCCCUUUAACACUCACUUGAGGGGCAUUUAACAAGCUGUACGUGACAUUAAUAAAUGUCAAGUUUAUUAAA